AUUAAAGCACAGGAUGAGAUUAAAGCACAGGAUGAGGCAUCUGAACCUGUUAAUAUGGAUGAAGGCCCUCUACCAUCUACAGACCAGUCUUCAGAUCUCAACUCAGAGUGUAUAGUUUCUCCAUUAACUAAAGUAUUAAAAUGCGCAAAAGCUGGAGAUAAGGCACCGCCAGAAGUUGUUAAAUCAUGGAAAGAAAAUGGUUUUACAAGCCUAAUAAUUGCUGCUCCACAGUCGGAUGCAUGGGGCCUUGUUAAAGAUCUGUUGCCUCUUGUAGCAAAUUCUGCCCCAUUUGCUAUCUAUCACCAGUAUCUUCAGGUUG